CAAUCUUCAGAUUGACGCUGCCACAAAUCAGGGAGAGAGACUGGGCAGGCGCUAAGGGUAUUCUCCAGCUGAUCAGAGAAAGCAGGAAGAAUUGGGAGAGCAUCUCUGUAGCGACCGUCCUCAGCUGGAAGAAAAUGCAUUGAUUUAUUUUAGAAAGCUAAACAGAACAUUGUGAUCCUGUAUUUAUAAACAAAGCUUGUUUGGUCGUCUGUGUCAAGAGCGAGAGUGGAUUCAACGAAAACAGCAGUUGCGUGAGAUAGAGCCCUGUCCCCUGCCACUAUCUCCUUCUCUGUUUACCAGAAAGUUCUACUCCGCUCCUGGCCACGGAACGGCCCUUUUCCAACUGCACUGCCAGAAGGAGACGCUGAGAAAAGCAACAGUUUCAGAGUCUGAGCUGGAUUCAAUGAAGGAACCAGAGCGGGAGGAGCAGCCUGACGACGCCAACAUGCCUCCCAAGUUUAAACGACACCUCAACGAUGAAGAGGUCACUGGAUCCAUACGCAGCGAGAGGAGGAACCUGUUGGAGGAAGACUCUGAUGAAGAGGAGGACUUCUUCCUGAGGGGACCAACUGGACCCAGAUUUGGAGCCGGAAAUGACAAAAUCAGACAAGUUCAGUCGCAGGUUGAUGAGGUCAUCGAUGUGAUGCAGGAGAACAUCUCCAAGGUGAUCGACAGGGGAGAGCGACUGGAGGACCUGCAGGACAAGUCAGAGAGCCUAUCAGACAACGCGUCAGCCUUCAGCAGCCGAGCCAAGCAGCUGCACAGGAGGAUGUGGUGGAGAGACAUGAAGAUGAAGGCCAUCAUAGCUCUGGUGGUGGUCGUUCUUCUACUUAUCAUCAUCAUUCCAGUGAUCUUCCGGUAUCGCUAGUGUUUCGCCAGGAUGAGGAAGAAUCUCUCAAUCCUUCUCCUUCUCUUCCUCCCAUUCUCCUGCACAAAGUCCUCCACACCAGCUAGGGGGCACCAUCUGCCCAUAACCACAGAUCUAGGAUCAGCUCACCCUCUCCCAAUGAUAACCUUUACCGUUAGGAUGGAAAACACAAAACUGACCUAAGAUCAGUGUCUACUAGGGACCACUUCAUCCUACUCUGUGUGCCAGGGGCAAGGGUGACACAGGAAGCAUUACGUUGGUGUUACGUAAGGGCUGGGUUUGCGUCCCAAAUUAUAUCUUAUUUAGGGAAUAGGGUGUCAUUUGAGAUGCUGCCUGUGUCUCAGACACCUAAUCAAACUAAAAGAGAACUCCAUUCAGUACAUAAUACAUAUCAGCUAGUCAUUAAGGUUAAGUUUCAUAUCAUGUAGUCAGACUGAUUCUAAUGAUAGUGAGACUUUCAGUCAAUCUGUCUGCUCCAGUCAGUCCAUCAGCAGCUUAGAAACCGGUUAUACCGGACUUGCAGCACACCAAAAUAUUUGGAGAUUAAGAAUGGAACCCCUACUAGCACCACCUCCCAUCUCACAUGUUUAGAAUGUUUUCAAGCCAAAACUGAAAAUGAGGCAAUGGCUAAAUCUUAAUACACUACAGUGGCCUCCUCUACUUGUUUCAUUUUCUUCACCCAGUUUGAUCUGACACUAGCGGGACUGGUUCAAGCCAGUGAGAGGAAGCCACUGUGGAGUAUUGGGACACCGUGUGUCCUACUGACAUGUGUUACUGCUUGGCCACUGCUGAUCUCAUUUCCUGUUAGUAACACUAUGCUAGCUGUCUCUCUCCAGAUGGUUGAAUUUUACUGUUUCUGUGAUAUUGAGUUCUGUUGGAAGGUUAACGUGAAGCUUAUGAAUGUCUGCUGCUAUUCCCAUUACCCCUGAGGAGCUAAGGGACAGACUCUGUUCAUUCCACUGCAAAUGCUGGAGGCGUCUGGUACCACUUGUUUAUUCUGUGUGUGUGUGUGUGUGUGUGUGUGUGCGCAUGUGUGAUUUUCCUAGUCUGCCCUGUACUGAGAUUGCGUGCCCUCGGUAUCCAAACAUGCACGGCUUGUGAUGCAGGUCACCAGUACUGCCACACCACAGCAGAAUAACAUUUGAUUAACACUUCAUUUAAAUCAGAAAUAUUCAAUCUGGUUUGCUUAUUUCCUUAUAAAAUCAUAGUAGGCCUAUAAUUUAGCCACAGAGGAUCACUAUAUAUAUUUUUUUAAUAGCCUAGCUGUGGAUUGUAGCCCAAUAACAAGGUAUAGGCUACAGCCAGGAAUGUGCUGCAAAUCUGCCAGUAAACAGCAUGCAGACAACAGGCCUUUCGCAAUAUUUAAAAUAGUCGCAGGAAAACACAGAUUGGAUAGCAAAUGGCUCCUGCUGAAAAGAGAAGACUAAUCUGUCUGCUGUAGGAAACCAAAAUAGUUUAGCAACUUCCAAAAAGGCGAUCAAGUGACCAUUGUUUACAGGUUAGAGAUAGGCUUUCGGCAUGACAGCAUCAGCCAUUGCGACUAGUGAGCUGUGCAUUAUUUCUCAUUGGGUAAGUCAGUGAAACUGGAAAGCUUUUUUAAGACUCAUUUCUUCAUAUUGUACAAUAUGUGUGUCUCCACACACCUAGGCCUAGGCUAUUGAUGGAUUCAAGACGUUUUUAAUGAUUUCAGUGUCAAAGUAGACUGUCAUUUCGAUAAUUUUCGCGGUCCUUAAAAAGAUUCUGCCAAAGUCUGCAGUCAUGUAAAAUGACGUAGAAUUGCAUGAAAUGCGUUUACACAAGGCCCAAUUUCUCCCGCCUCUACUGCUCUAUUCCACUACGCAAAUGCGAUGAUAUGCAUGCAAUGCUUUAUUACACUGAACAAAAAUAUAAAUUCAACAUGCAGAAAUUUCAGUUCAUAGUUCACAUAAGGAAAUCAGUCAAUUUAAAUAAAUUCAUUAGGCCCUAAUCUAUGGAUUUCACAUGACCAGGAAUAUAGAUAUGCAUCUGUUGGUCACAGAUACCUUUUUAAAAUUUUUGUAUACAUUUUGUUUUAUUUCCUCCCCCCUUUUUCUGCCCAAUUGUCAUGAUUACAAACGUAUUUCAUCGCUGCAACUCCCCAAUGGGUUCGGGAGAGGCGAAGGUCGAGUCAUGUGUCCCUGAAACGUGACCCGCCAAACCGCGCUUCUUAACACCCGCCCGCUUAGCCCGGAAGCCAGCUGCACUAAUGUGUCGGAGGAAACAUCGCCAACGUCAACUGACGACCGAGUCAGCCUGCAGGCGCCCGGCCCACCACAAGGAAUCGCUAGAGCACGAUGAGUCAAGUAUAGUCCCCCCCGGCCAAACCCUACCCUAACCCGGACAACGCUGGGCCAAUUGUGCGCCGCCCUAUGGGACUCCCGGUCACGGCCGGUAAUGACACAUCGAACCCCAGGCUGUAGAGACGCCGCAACACUGCAAUGCAGUGCCUUAGACCGCUGCGCCACUCGGGAGGACCCCACAAAUACCUUUUUUUUUUAAAGGUAGGGACAUGGAUCAGAAAACCAGUCAGUAUCUGGUGUGACCACUAUUUGCCUCAUGCAGCUCGACACAUCUUCUUCACAUAGAGUUGAUCAGGCUGUUGAUUGUGGCCUGUGGAAUUUCGUCCCACUUCAAUGGCUGCGCAAAUUUGCUGGUUAUAUUGACUGGAACUGGAAGACGCUGUUGUACAAGUUGAUCCAGAGCAUCCCAAACAUGCUCAAUGGGUGACAUGUCUGGUGAGUAUGCAGGCCAUGGAAGAACUGCCACAUUUUCAGUGUACAGAUCCUUGUGACAUGGGGCUGUGCAGUAUAAUGCUGAAACAUGAGGUGAUGGUGGUGGAUGAAUGGCACGAAAAUGGUCCUCAGGAUCUCGUCAAGGUAUCUCUGCAUUCAAUUUGCCAUCGAUCAAAUGUAAUUGUGUUUGUUGUGAGUAGCUUAUGCCUGCCCUUAUCAUAACCCCACCACCAUGGGGCACUCUGUUCACAACGUUGACAUCCGUAAACCGCUCGCCCAUACGACGCCAUACACGCUGUUUUCCAUCUGCCCGGUACAGAUGAAAACGCGAUUAAUUUGUGAAGAGCACACUUCUUCAGCGUGCCAGUGGCCAUCGAAGGUGAGAAUUUACCCACUGAAGUCAGUUACGACACCGAACUGCAGUCAUGUCAAAACCCCGAUGAGGACAACGAGCACGCAGAUGAGCUUUCUGACAGUUUGUGCAGACAUUCUUCGGUUGUGCAAACCCACAGUUUCAUCAGCUGUCCGGGUGGCUGGUCUCAGAUGAUCCCGCAGGUGAAGAAGCCGCACGUGGAGGUUCUGGGCUGGCAUGGUUACACGUGGUUUGCGGUUGUGAGGCCGGUUGGACGCACUACUAAAUUCUCUAAAAUGACUUUGGAUGCUGCUUAUGGUAGAGAAAUGAACAUUCAAUUCUCUGGCAACAGCUCUGGUAGGCAUUCCUGUAGUCAGCAAGCCAAUUGUACACUCCCUCAAAACUUGAGACUGGCAUUGUGUUGUGUGACAAAACUGGCCUUUUAUUGUCCCCAGCACAAGGUGUACCUGUGUAAUGAUCAUGCUGUUUAAUCAGCUUCUUGAUAUGCCACACCUGUCACAUAGAUUGAUGAUCUUAGCCAAGGAGAAAUGCUCACUAACAGGGAUGUAAACACAUUUGUGCACAAUUUAGUAAAUUAACUAUUUCUUAAACUGCAUUGUUGGUUAAGGGCUUGUAAGUAAGCAUUUCAUGGUAAUACAAUACCUGUUGUAUUCGGCGCAUGUGACAAAUUUAAUUUGAUUUGAAUUUGAGAGAAAUAAGCUUUUUGUGCAUAUGGAACUUUUACAUGUUACGUUUUAUAUUUUUAUUCAGCAUUAAAAUAUUUUUUGCCAUGCGUUCUGGUACCUCAGAGCUCCCCAGGUCACUCCCCUCUCGCGCUCACUUUUUGUUCCUGCACCUCCCGAUUUACAAAUUAAGCACUGAACAUAGUCUAGACUCCAGCUAAACACCAUAUAGUCCUACUAAAAAUACUCACACAAGCCACUAGCCAGUCAGCUAUGCAGUAUAACAUGAGUUAGAAGAUUAUGAAUAUAGGCUGUAUUGUUAAUUUAUUAUUUAUUAACAUUGAAGAUAAUUUUUGUACCGAUUGUGAUUUUAUAUAGCUAGCUAGCUAACUAGUAUAUUUACAUCAAUUAUCAGCUGAUAACCUACCUUAUUUUCCCAAUACGAGGCACUGUAACUUGCUUGCUUAUAAUUUGUGAUGAGUGAGUUGUUGCAGAAAUAAAUAGGCCUAUGCUAAAAAAUUGCUACAGAGGCAGAUAGUAUGUUUUUUUUUUUUUUAAUUUUGAGUACCUUCCCCCUGAAAGGUCUAUGCAAGACCCUGGGUGUAACACUGCCUAGUGUCAUGAAAGCACAGUGUCUAGCAUAUCUGUAUACAAUAACCCCUACAUCAUCAUUCCUUUUUUUUAAUGUAAUUUAUUUGAGGUGUAAAUAUUGAUCUGUAAUGAUGUACUAUACUCUGUCAUUACAUUGGAAAACUGUGAAAUACUGUAAUGUUAAUCUGACGUAAUAAAAUAAUUUGAAAGAG